AGCCGCUGUGACUCUGCAGGUCACGUCCGCCCUACCAGUCGCCAACGCAGUCUGCUCGCGCCGCCGCCGGGAUGGCCGCGCUCAAGCUCGCGGCCCUGCUGCUGGCCGCAGGCCCGGCCACCGCGCAGGCCGCCUCCCUGCGGUCGCACGCGGGGGCGGCCGCGAAUCCGGUGCGCAGGGUGGUCUCGAUGCUGCAGUCGAUGCAGAAGAAGGUCGAGGCGGAGGGCGAGAAGGACCAGGGGAGGAGAUGUACAAGAAGUUCUCGUGCUACUGCCAGACGGGGGCGGCAGACCUCUCUGCGAGCAUCUCCGCCGCGGGCACGAAGGGGACCCAGCUCGGCGCCGACGUGAAGGCAGCGGAGGAGCAGCUCGUCCAGGUGAAGCAGGGGCUGAAGGACGCGCAGGCGGAGCGCGCAGAAGCCAAGGCGGCCGUGGCCAAGGCGACCUCGAUCCGGGGGUCUGAGGCUGCGGGGUUCGCGGCUACGAAGGCAGAGCUCGAGAGCUACAUCUCUGCCAUCAAGCAGGCAGUCGCCGCGCUGACCAAGGGGAUGGCGGGUGGGUUCCUGCAGGCCACCUCGGCGAGCCUGUUGCGCAAGAUCGUGCUGACCAAGGGAGACGCCAUCCAGGACGACGACCGCGAGACUCUCCUCUCGUUCCUGUCUGGGAAGGGCAGCGCCUCGUACGUGCCCCAGAGCGGGGAGGUGACUGGGAUUCUGAAGGAAAUGGGCGAUAGCUUCUCCAAGAGCCUUGCAGACGCCUCCGACACGGAGGCCAACGCAAUCAAGGAGUUCGAGGCCGUGGUCGCUGCCAAGGCCAAAGAGAUCGACGCACUUACACUGUCCAUUGAGGCCAAGACCUCGAAGAGCGGAGCGCUGGGCGUGACCAUCGUCCAGAUGAGGAAUGACUUGAGCGAUUCGGAAACUGCGCUGCUCGAGGAUCAGAAACUCCUCCAAGAGUUGGAAUCGGGCUGCUCUACGAAGGACAAGGAGUACGAGGAACGUGUGAAGACGCGUCACGAUGAGCUCGCCGCCCUCACCGAGACCAUCAAGAUUCUGAAUGACGACGAUGCGCUUGAGCUCUUCAAUCCAGAGGAAAACUCUCCCAGCGCCCAGUGCGAGCCUGAUGCAGGUCGCAGUCACGACCGCCAGCCAGCGCGCGCGCGCCGCGGCCCUGGUCCAGCAGGCGCAGGUGAAGGGCGAGGCAGACCACGCCCGCCUCGGUUUCCUGGUGCUGGCGCUCCGGGGCAAGAAGGUCGGGUUCGAGACCGUGAUCAAAAUGAUCGAUGACAUGGUCGUGCUGCUCAAGAAAGAACAGGCCGACGACGCCGAGAAGAAGGAGUACUGUGGCUCGCAGUUUGAUUCCACGGAGGACAAGAAGAAGUCUCUGACCCGCAAAGCGUCGGACCUCGCGACCGCCAUCGCGAGCACGGAGGAGAGCAUCAGCAGCGCCGCGGAGGACAUCUCGGCGCUGGAGAGCGGCAUCGCGGCCCUCGACAAGAGCGUCGCUGAGGCGACGGUGCUGCGCAAGGGCGAGCACGAGGAGUACAAGGCGUUGAUGGCUGCUGACGGCGCCGCGAAAGAGCUGCUCCUAUUCGCCAAGAACAAACUCAACCAGUUCUACAACGGCGGAUCCUAAGCUGUACAACCCGCCGGCCAGGGUGGAGCUCUCCGCCCAGGCCGCCAUCGAGCGCGACAUGGGCGGCGCGGCGGCGCUCGUGCAGAUCUCCCAGCGCGCGGGGCGCACGGGCGCCGCCGCGCCGCCGCCGGAGACCUGGGGCGCGUACGCGAAGAAGUCCGAGGAGAGCGCUGGGGUCAUUGCCAUGAUGGAUUUGCUGAUCAGCGAUCUCGACAAGGAGAUGACCGAGGCCGAGACGGAGGAGAAGGACUCGCAGGCGGACUAUGACAAGACGAUCGCGGACGCGAAGGACAAGCGGAUGAACGAUUCUAAGGCGCUGACGUCCAAGGCCGCCGAGAAGGCAGACUUGGAGAGCGACCUGCAGGCGGCCAAGGGCGACAGCGCCAGCACGGCCAAGGAGCUUAUGACAACGGACAAGUACCUCUCCCAACUCCAUGGCGAAUGUGAUUGGCUC